ACCGAACACUGCCACUAUCCUCUGGCCCUAGGAACACCAACUGAUAUCGACAAGCCCAACGGAGGCAUAUUCGACACAGCCAGCGUUACAGCCACCGCAGGUCACCCACCCAGAUUUUGCACUAUAGUUUAGUCUACAACUGCCAGGAUGAAUCACAACGACCAAGAAUCCGUCUUGAAUUUCUCUGAUGUUGUCCAUGACGACCCUCUUGGCGGAGACGACUCGCGGCAUCUAUCUGGCAUCGACACUAUGUCUCUGCCACCAUCUGACGUCUAUGCGCAUGAUGAUCUCUCGCUUGAGGGUCAGCUGGGUUCUCUGCACGACACUGUCUCGCACGACCACUCGCAGACUCAUCUCUCUCUCUCUGGCUCGGACAUGCCUUCCUUCUCCGUCGAGCAGCUCGAGCACGAACUCGCUAGUCUGCUACGUCAGAAUACCUCCACUAGUUCAUCCUUUUUAAAUACUGCCGUCCAACAGCGUCAGGGAGUAGUGCAACAGAGCUUGCUGGGUAACUCGAGCCUCACCUCCGUCGGCGAGGACAGCGCAGCGGCUCUCGGAAUGCUGGGUCUCAACUUGAGUGGGCUUGCGGCGGCUGUACUAGCGGCACAUGUACAGGCGGAGGAGAACGAGCGAACAGCUGAGGUGCUCGCAGCGGCAGAGCGUGCCGAUUAUUCCCGCCCUCACCAGAAUGGCUCCGGGAAGGAGAAGACUCGGACGGCCCCUGCAUUCCACUCUCUCACUGCCAAUGAGGACUCCACCCUCGUGGGUGCGGCAAAUACAUCUGGGAACGGGACCGCCAGCGGAACAAAUGGCCAGGAAUACGUCUACGACGAUGACGAGGGAGAGAGCGAGAAAGAGGACAAUCUCGACGUAUGCAUUGCCAACACGCGGAGGCGCUCCUCGCCAAUUCCAGCUGCAUCCCUCACCGACGACACCUCUCCGAGCCCGACAGACUUCACCGACAUCAAUGACAUACUCACCCAUUUCACACACUUCGAUCGGGACCACGGAAGCCGGCACGGAGGCACGCCCGACAUCGCAUCCUCAAGCCAGCCCGUGGCAAGUACAUCUCACAUGCCAAAUUACAGUCCAUCACCUGAAGACGACCAGAUGGAUGAAUAUGGCCAGCGUAUCCCUCUAGGAGCACCGAAACAAGAUGGUUCGCCGACUAUCCCGGAACUCGACGAGCUCGAGGAGGCCGACGAGCUUGUGGAUGAUCACGAUCAGCCGUUGGGUUCGAGCUCCUCCAGCCCGCCCAGGGAGAUGAAGGAUGAUGGAAAAAAGAAAAAGAGCGACCGGGAAAGAUUAGUAAAUGCGCACGCAUGCGAUCGAUGCUCAAAGUCGUUCAGUCGACGAAGCGAUUUGGCACGGCACAUGCGUAUCCACACCGGCGAGCGGCCAUUUGAGUGCCCCGAGCCUGGGUGCGGAAAGACAUUCAUUCAGCGAUCCGCUCUGCAUGUGCAUUUGCGCACGCAUACUGGAGAAAAGCCGCAUGUAUGCGAGUAUCCCGGCUGCGGAAGGACGUUCGGCGACUCGAGCAGUCUGGCGCGGCAUCGGCGGACGCACACUGGGAAGCGGCCAUACAAGUGCGAAGACCCAGUCUGCGAGAAGACCUUCACUCGGCGUACUACUCUGACGGCGCAUAUGCGAACACACGACCCGAACUGGGAGCCUGAUCCAAAUAUCAAAUACAACUUCAAGGCAAAGCGGGUCAAACUGGAUAGUACGACCGCUGAUCAAGAGCUCGCAGCAUCUGUACAACAGUUGUCUGCGUUAUUGGCGCAAGGUGACCCGAUUGUGCGACAGCAAGCGAACUUGGAGCCAUUGGACGCUCAAGCAGCAGCGGACAUCGGCGACGAGCUGUCAGCUGUCAUAGCACAGGCCUACGCACAGGUCUACGAGGAGGAGGACGACGAGCUCGAUGAGUCUGAGACGGAGCAGGACCAGGUUGCUACCAUCGGUCUUAACACCAGCGAAGCGCGCGACGAGGACGCCCCGUUGUCAGAGGAUGAUCAAAUGCAGCUGUCGGAGGUGCUGGGUGACCAGGAUGGUGAGCAGUUUCCUGUGCCUUUGCGGACACGAACCGGGAAGGACGUUGUGACUGUUGUGACCGGUAAACGAAAACGAUGAGGCAUUGAGGGGCCGUCGCCGUGAAUGAUCCAUGAUCAGUGUAAGUAUGCGAGGAGCAUGUAAAUAGCCGGUAGGUCUUUGCUCUCAUUGUCUCAGCCUUCCAAUGAGAAGCCGUGCUCUGUUUGCUCCUGACGCACGCAGUAUAUAUGCGCUGAGUGCAUAUCGGAGGCGUCGCGCAUCGUGUGAUGAUGAUUUCGGCAUGUGUUGCAAUGUCCUGUAGCUGAUAAAUAUAUCUACGAAGAC